AUGGACGACGAUCAAAUUCGUUUACUUAUUGAAAAUAUUGAUGAUGGAAAUACCGAGUUUGACGAAAUCGAUGGCAGUGAUGAAGAAGGAGUUGAUGAGGUAGAAUAUAUAAGUCAUAAUAGUGAUUCUGAACAAUCUUUAGACGGUGAUUAUGAAGAUAAUGGCACCUAUUUAUUUUCUAAUUGGUCGAACGGACCGCAAUUUAUAGGGAAAGAUGGUAAAACUUUUUGGAAAUAUGGUCCUCCACCAAAAAAUAAUAGAAUAAGAUGA